CAUCGUGGUAAAUGUAAACGGUUGAGUUUGUAGGUUAGAGUUUGUAAGUGAGCCUUUCACAGCAAAUGUAUUGCAUUGUUUUCAUUUACCAGCUAACGUUACAUUUACAGGAUACACCGACAUUUUAUGUGAAUAGCAUAAAGGUAAACACAAUGAUUUUGUCAAGGACAGAGCAUGUUAUGCUGUCAGAUUCUUAAACCAGCCUCAUGAAACAGCACAUGAAACGUUUAUUAUCAGCAUCUUAAAGUUAUGCUUGCAUCCAUUUAUCGUGGGAUAUGGGGAGCUGCUGUCCACACACUAAGGAUAAGCAGAGGAACUCCACCUUGCAGAUUCUUAUCCACCUGCGAGGGAGUCCCGUUUGGACUGGCAGAUGCUGAGAGCAUCUUUGCCUUAUCAUCGGGCCAUGGCAGGUGUGGGGUGGCUGUGGUUCGAGCCAGUGGUCCCGCCUCAGCCACAGCUCUGAGAUGUAUGGCGGGGGUCUCACACAGCCCUCCUCCUCCACGCACCGCUCUGUUACGCAGCAUCAGAGACCCCAUAUCAAAAGAAGUUCUGGACCGUGGACUUGUCUUCUGGUUCCCAGGUCCUCACAGUUUUACAGGAGAGGACAGUGUGGAGUUCCACAUCCAUGGCGGCCCUGCUGUGAUUACUGCUGUCCUACAGGCUCUAGGAAGCGUGCCUGGCAUGAGGCCUGCUGAAGCUGGAGAGUUCACACGGAGGGCCUUUCAAGCAGGGAAACUGGAUUUAACAGAGGUGGAGGGGCUCGGAGAUCUGAUCCAUGCUGAGACGGAGGCUCAGAGACGACAGGCUCUGAGGCAGAUGUCAGGAGAGCUGGGACACCUCUAUCAGGACUGGACCCACAGACUGAAACGGUGUCUGGCUCACGUUGAGGCCUUCAUAGACUUCAGUGAAGACGAGCUAAUUGAGGAUGGGGUCUUAAACCAAGUGGACCAAUGGGUGUGUGAUCUGCAGGCAGAGAUGGAGCGCCACCUAAAGGACGAGAGGAGGGGCGAGCGGUUACGCAGCGGAGUCCAGGUGGUCAUCGCAGGAGCCACCAAUGCAGGGAAAAGUAGCCUUCUGAACACACUCUGCCAGAGACCUGCAGCAAUUGUGUCUCCCAUCGCUGGCACCACCAGGGACAUAGUGGAGACGGCCCUGGACAUCGGGGGAUUCCCGGUCCUCUUGAGUGACACCGCCGGCCUCAGGGAGAGCCCCGACCUGGUGGAGAGGGAGGGGGUCCGCCGAGCUCGGGAGAGAGUGGAGCAGGCCGAUCUGACGCUGGUGGUAGCGGACUGUGCUGAUCUCCCCUCUGAUGCCCAGCAGGCUGCAGCCUUCCUCCAGGAGCACCUCAGGAGUGUCCUAAACCCCCAGGAGCAGCCUGAGACGGUGUUACCUGCAGACAGGUUUCUCCUGGUGCUGAACAAAAUGGACCUGCUGCCUGAGGAUCAGAGGCUGGAGCUCGACAGGGAGCUGAGAAGAGUCUCUGGAUUCCCUCCUGUCUGUCUGAUCUCCUGCCACACUAAGGAAGGACUGCACGACUUCCUCACAGUGCUGCACAGCAGUGUUAAAACUCUGUGUGGCGACCCUCUGUCUGGUGCCCCCACCUUGACCCAGGCCCGCCACAGGGCCCACCUGCAGCAGUGUUUUGCGGCCAUGGCUCAGUACCAGCGGUACCGGGACCUGGACCUGGACCUGGCUCUAGCAGCCGAAGGUGUCCGUCUGGCUCUCACCAGCCUGGGCCGGAUCACUGGACGUGUCGGGGCAGAGGAGAUCCUAGAUAUCAUCUUCAAAGACUUCUGCAUUGGAAAAUGAGCAGAUGAGUGUCAGCGAAAACAUGAAGUAUGAGCCUGCUCAGAGAGGAAGGCUGCAUUCUUGCCUAGUCCCAGAGUAACAGUAAAGAAAGCAAGAUAAAAAGAGCAGCGGCAUUUUGCCAGGCUUUGAGACAAAGUAAAAGUUUUAAGAGUCAAAUUUGCGUUCUUGGCUGCAGGGUCAUUUUGCUCCCAAGACACAGAAAUCUUUGUUUUAUGUUAAUGCUCUGCAAAAGACUGAAAUAGUUUUAACGUGAUGACAGGUGCCUCUGAGGCCCCAUGUGCUGGACAAGUGUUUGGCAAGUCUUGAGUCAUAAUGUAAAAUUAGUUCUUGAAAGCCUUUGAUAGGUGAACAUUGGGCUCUUGGGCCGCAACAUUACAGCCAAGAUUCUUACAGUAAAACAAGCCCGCUGCAGACCUGUGAGAGGUCAUGGACCCAAACUGUGGAUGUUUACUUGAACUGCAGGACAAUGCAUUUAUUUUUCUUUUGGGUGGGGUGGGGGGAGGCAUUCUAACAAUUAAAAUGUACUGUUUGUUAUUUAUUUACUUUUUAAAGUUUAUUUCAUUUUCAAAGAAAUUAGUAAGGCUAUUUAAGAUUUGGACAGCAGUUAUUUCAUACAAAAUAAACACAUGUCACAUUGGGUCUUGAUGUGGGGGGAUAAUAAUAAAUCAAAUUUUAUUUCAUAAAUCAAAAAUAGAAACAGAAAAAAUCUCAUAAUAAAUACAUAAGCGGUGAUUAUCUUUAAACCUGCAUUCAUUUCAGAAUUUUGACAAAUGUAGUGUAACAACUGAUUGAAUUGGUGAGGUCUAAAUCCUACAUAAAGCACAUCAUAAUGUAUACAGCAGUUGGGUUGGAGUGACCCCGCUCCCCUCUCUGCUCUGUGGGAAGGGGACGUUUUUGGAGGCAAUGCUUUUGGUGCCCUUUGUUCCCCUGUCAAUCUGAGCCCGAUCAAAUAUUUAUGUUUCCUCGUUGAACUUCUCACCCUUCUUCCCCAGGCGGUUUCUUCUCUGACGACAGUUGCCCUGCUGUACUUCAGCAUGGCUGCCCGUCUCGCUACUUUUUUGUCUCUCUCCACUUUGUCUCGGCUACCUGACCUUUCGUCUUUCCGCACUGUCCUGUCAGCCUUUUGGUCCUCUUUCAUGUUCACCCUGAUUAAUCACCACACCGGGGGAGGUGAAGCUAAAAGCAGGACUUGCUGUCGUACAAAUUAGAGGCAGUAAAUUGUGGAGCCUGGUUUGUCUUUGAAGUCGUGCCUGUGUGACAUUUCUUUACCACAGAUGUGAAAAAAUGUGUUUACCAAUACCUUGGGUUUCUACUGUAUUUCCAUACCAAAACAAUACUUAUUUUGAUACCUUAUUUUCAGAAAAUGAUUGCGAUUGGUCUACAACUUUAAGUUUUGAAAUGUAUUAACAAUAUUAUAUGGACUGCCAGGAAGUUUUUUUUAACAGUCAUGGUCCCCAGAGGAUGUCUCCUAAAGGCUUUGGUGAGUCAAAUUUAUGAUUUUUAAGUAUUGAACGGGUUGCCAUUAUAUUUACUACGGAUGAUGAUAACCGUCCAAUACUACAAACCUAAUGACACUCCGACAAUAAGGACCCGCCUCAACUCUACUUUGUGUAUAGAGCUACUCAGAAAAUGUUAAUUGCCUAACAAAACACAGUUAAUUAAGUUAACAUAUGGAUAUAAAUAUUAAACCUGCUUAACAUCAGCAUGUAAGAAUCAUCUUAACACAAGCAGCCAUUUGGCUUACCAUAUGUAAAAAGAUGUUGAGGGAAGAAAAUAUAAACACAAAGCAAUGUAAAAACACAUAAUUAAAAGAAUUAAGAUAAUUCAAAUGAAAACAUACCUAGAGUAAGAUUUAACAGCCAGAUUUGGCUACAUUUCAUCUAAUACAUGUUAAUAUUCUUUACUGGAUACUGGAUGGCGCUAAAGGAGAAAUCAGAAGAGUGAUUAGGAUUCAUGUUUGUAACAAAUUUCAUGCAUUAGUUGUUAAAACCUUUAACUUAAAACCACCAUUACAUAUAAUUCCUUGUAAUAGUUGUUGGGAUAUUUCAGUCUGGACCAAUGGUGGAUAGGCAGACCACAGGCAAAAGUAAAAAAUGACAGUGUAAAUUGGUUAAUUAUAUAAUGCAACUGAAGUGAGUUAAAUAAAUGGACAACAUUUGUA